AUUAAAAAAUACAUUGCAUCUCCUCCAUAAACCGCCCAAACUCCCAGACACACACAUACACACAGUUAACGAGAGAUUCAUUCAUGUGUAUGUGUGUUUGAUUAUAUAUGAAUCUUGCAUCAGAACAGAGCAUCGUCACUUCGUUAAUUUGAACUCUAGAUUUCUGUUGUGAGAUCACACCGCUUGUAAAGUUGUAAUAUCUCUACAGAUUCUGAUGAUCGGUAUACUUCUGAUUAAUCAAGAGUCAGAUUCAUUUCUCUGAGUGCUACCGGUGUUUCAAUUUGAAGAUUUUCGGUUAAUCUGUUGCGGAUUUGAAGUUGGCAACUGUAUGAGGUUUGAUUAACCGGCUAACCACCGCCGACGGUGCCGCCGCCGAAGAGGUUUGAUCUCCGAUGGUCAGGGAAGAAAACAAUUGCCCAUGUGAAAAUCCAUCACGUAAUACACCCCCUACCACCGGAAUCACCAGAAGAAAUCACCGGUACCCAGCGGAGGAAGGCGGAGGGCCACAAGAUCCAGACGUGGGAUGCUCCGGCCAGUCUUGCCGGUCAUGCACGGCGGGAGCAAUCGCCGACUGCGUGGCAGUCUGUUGCUGCCCUUGCGCCGUCGUCAACUUCUUCACCCUCACUUGUCUCAAACUUCCAUGGAUGAUGGGUAGAAAGUGUUUGGGUUUAGGUAAUAAAAAGAAAAAAAAGUUAAAAAACGAUGAAAAAGAAAAGGACAGAAGUGGAAUUUUGAGAAAAGUUGAGGGACUAGAAAGUAAAAAAUCGGAAAAUUUAAGAGCUUUAGAAGAACAAGAAGACGAAAAAAACGAACACAGUGCAAGGUUCGAAACAGAAGUCUGGUUAGAAUUGUAUAAAGUGGAUGAGUUAGGUUUCGGUAGAGUGUCCUUCACUGGAAUUCAAUCUCUCGAGUAACAAAAACAAUGCAUUGUUGACUUGUACAUUGCAAGUAAAAUGCUGAUAAAAAAAUGACUUGUACAUUGUGCUUUAUAAGUUGUACACCGACAAUUUGGUUAUUUUGGGGUAAGAUUUUGUCUUGUAGCUAUUUGAAAGAUGAAUAUGGUAAAAGGUGUGAAAUGAUUUGAAAGGAAGAAUGUUUAUGUGCAUGUUUACA